ACCCCACGAGACCAAAUACCUUUCGUUCGACACAUGAUAUUCAACCACCAUUGUAAAAACCAUCACCAACAUCAGUACUGCUACGUUAUCUUCCCUUUUAAAGCGUGGAACUUAAUUUUCCCACACAUUCCCAACUAGAUCAAAGCCCUUAGCUUCAAAUUAUUCCUGAUCAAUAUGCUAUCUGCACCCUUUCUGAUGAGCCUGUUGUUGGAGAGGAAAAAGCCAAGAGCUACCACCGAUGAAUUGGCUGCGGUUAAAGCGGCUGCAUGGGCGUGGUUCCAACGUGGACCUGGGUCGGAGGGGAGGCUUAUGACUGAAUUUGAUCUUAUGAGGACUCGUCGAACACCUGGACCGUCUCUUUUCAAGCUGGAAGCCAUGAGAAUGGCCGAAGAAGAAGCCAUAUUGGAAGGAUACUCGCAAGCGUCGAGUAGUCCGAUCUAUACUGAUAGAUCUCUUCUAGAUGCUUUUGAGAUUGAGAGUAUUUCCCGGCAACUGGACUGUCUGAUAGAAUCCAGUGGCAGCAAGUUUCAUAGAAAAUUCAUGGCGGCCGGAGAUCAUCAUGAUCGUCACCAAGAAAACGUGACAGUAUUGCUGAGUAAUGGUACCGGCACUGGAAUGAAGAAAAAUAAAAAUAAAAAGAAAAAGAAAGGGUUUUGGCAAAGGCAUGCAAUGGUUGCAUGUGGCACGAGGGAAGAUCAUGUGGUGGAUGCUCUCAGAGAUCGCCGGAAACCUCAUGAAAAGCGCACACCGGUGGUUAGCUACAUGUAGGCCACGGGGCAGCCAUGCCUGAUGAUCAUGAACAGUUGCAAUAUUGGGUUCUGGUUUGGUCGUUGGAUCGAAUUAAAUUGUAAUAUUGAAUUGUCAACUACUGUCUUGAUCUCUGCAAGACUACUGCAACGCACCUCCUAGCUAAGUCAUCCUAGCUAUAGGUGUAACUUUUCCAAGAGGUUUACGUGGUGAUCGCUGAACUACAAAUCUCUUCGAUCUACGCACACCGAAAUUAUGGAUGGCUGGCCAGAAGGCUUUUGAUCGAGCAUGCUUUUGGAAAGAUAGUCAACAAAUUGUUAUAGAAUUCAUUUGAUCAACCGUGUUGCUGUCUGGAAGAGACAAAAAGAAGGGCCUAUUGACGCAGUGUGAGCAUGCAUACAGCCCACGGGAAUAAAAAAAAUAAAGAAUAAUAAAAUUGCUUCUUAUCUUUCUGAUCACUUGUUAUUUUUUGUGCAUGUAUGGCUUAAAAAUGAUGUCAGAUCAAAGAAAAAGAAUAUCAUCAAAAUGCUGUAAGAAUUCAUGCAUGAUCUUAAUUUCGAAGUAAAAA